AUGAAUGUCGCAUGGGGUUCGCUGACGCUGGUUCUGAGUCUGGUGAGCCACACCGAGUCCAGGUGCUCACCGACCUCCUAUUAUAAAAACUGCUGGAUCCGACGGUUCCCGGGGAUUUUCAUCGACAUCGAGGAGUCCCAGAGGAGAGGAGCGCAGCUUCUCAAGUACUACCAGGAGGAGACGGCGCUGAAAUGCAGCCGCACCUGCUGUCUGACGAGAAACUUUUCCUGUAAUCUGGCCAUUUUUCACUAUGAUACCACUCAAGAAAACGUGAACUGCUUCCACCUGCACUGUCCAACAUUGGAGAGCUGCAUUCUGAGUCACAGAGGCAACGUUGUUCUGUACAACAUCACAAAGGGCGUGGAUCCAGAUCUGUUGGUGUUUGGAAAAUACUUCACGUCUAACGUACGCGUGCUGCCCCACCACUACAGCCGAGUCAACGCCUCCGAGCCGCUGCCCUCAGACAAGCGCCAGUUCAUUCAUCCUCCUCCACCCGUCGCCCUGCCUCUGACUUCUGCACCCUCGACUAAAUCUCCCACUACAGUGAGUGAGGUGCACACCACCACUGCAGCGCUGCACAGCUCCAGUCAGCCUACAGACGUUCACACAACUACCUUGUCUUCCACUGAAACUGAAACUCCGCCAGCUUCAGAAAACUAUGCACAAACGAGAAUCCCAGCCACCUCCACUGCUUCUCUUGCACCUAGCUUUACUGCGUCUCCUUCGUUCUCCACAGUUACCACCCUCGAUCAUUACAGCUCUGAAACCCUUCCUGUCUUUUUAACCACAACUGAACAACCCUCCAAAUCCAACCCUACCCAUCCUCACACCACCAGCUUCUCUCAGUUAGCCAACAGCGCUCCACCCUCCACGACUCUUAUAGGCAGCAUAGAAAGCAGCAAGCAGUACCCCAAUGAGACCAAGGGCAGCCUCGAGAGAAACCACACUGCAGGCAGUGAGGGAGGCCAGGGAGGCGAUGGAGAGGACCCCGUGCCGGGGUUGGGACCUGGGUGGCACGUGGCUGCUCACACCUUGCUGGUCGCGGUGGUCAUCUGUAUCACGGUGCUGCUGAGCUGCUGCUGCUCUGUUCUGCUGGUGGUGAGCUGGAGGGGUCAGAAGAAGAGGAUGGGACGCUACCGGACGUCAUGGAGAGGGAAAAGAGGCUCCAUGCGUCUGAUUAAGUACGUGCUGGUCAAGGAGAACUCCUGA